AUGAGAAAAUCGUUUUUGAAGGAUAUAUUGGCAGAUGAUUUACGAGCAUCUAAGAAGAAGAAGACUGCUUCUGAUGUUAUAGAUUUACUCCGAAUGGAAUAUGGAGUUGACCUCACGUAUAGUCAGGCAUACCACGGGAUCUAUCCAGUUGCAUUUGGAAUUGUUGAAAGUGAAAAUUGUGAUAGUUAUGAAUGGUUCUUAACCAAUUCGAAGGGUAUUAUUCGUGAAGAUCGUCCACUGACCAUCAUAUCAGAUCGUGGAAUUGGCCUUUUGAAGCAUGUGCCUGUAGUCUUCCCAAAGGCUUUCCAUUCCUACUGUUUGUACCAUAUGAAAGGAAAUAUUCCUGUUCCAAAGGGCAAGAGCAGACAAACUGCAGUCAAGUUAUUCGAAGAGUGCUACACUGCAUUAACAAAGGAAAAAUUUUAUGUUGUUGCGAAGAGUAUGAGUAAUCUAAAGUUGGAUUCAGUGGUUGCUUGGAUGAUGAAGAUUCCAUUUGAGAAUUGGGCUGCUCAUGCAUUUCUAGGAGAAAGGUGGGGUGAGAACACAUCUAAUAUUGUUGAGAGUUUUAACAACGUCAUUAAGCAUGAUAAGCCGCUUCCAGCACUUGAGCUUGUUGAUGUUAUUUGUGCUAAAGUGAUGGAGCAGAAUUACAAGAGGUUAGUGGAGUCUAACAAGUGGACUACAAGGAUCACUCCUCUUAUGAAAGACAGGUUUAACAGAAGGAUAAACGACUGUCGUUCAUACAAGUUUCGGAGAACAAGUGAGAAGAUUGGAAAUGAUGAACCGUACAACUACAUCAGCCCUUACUAUACUUCUGACUACUAUAGAAGGUUGUACUCUCGACCCAUUUAUCCUAUUCCUGACUCUGAGAAGCUACCUGGAAUUAAUGAAAAGGGGUAUAUUUUUCCUCUCAUCGGUGGUCGAGAACAAGCUGGAAGACCUAAAGGUGUUAGGUAUAGGGGUUCUCGUGAAAAGGUGCGAAAGAAGAGGAAGUGUGGCCAGUGUGGGAUGCUGACCUUUCACAACCGUCGAACAUGUCGCGGAUCUCCUUUGGCUCCUCGUGCACCAACGUUUCGUAAGGAGUCUCAUUCCAUGAUUAUCAACUUCUUGAAGAGGAUGUUGUUCUGA